AUGCAGCUUGUCUUCGCCGAUCAUCCGGUUCCAUCCGUUGUUACCAAAUCAAUUUUCUUAGCUGGCCCAUCUCCUCGAGAAGCAAAUGCCAUUGAUUGGCGUCAUGAAGCUAUUUCGUGCCUUUGCUCAUCGUCUAUUGAUUACGAUGGAACUGUUUUCAUUCCAGUUCCUGAACAGCGUUUCUACGGUACAGAUUACGAUCCUUCUGCAUGGACUUAUGACAACCAAAUUUCAUGGGAAUGCGAGUGUCGUCACGUAGCCGAUCUCAUUGUAUUUUGGGUUCCACGUCACGUCAAUGGACGAAUGCCAGGAUUUACUACGAAUGUGGAAUUCGGCGAAGAUCUACAUUGUGGCAAAAUUGUAUAUGGACGUCCUGAAGAUGCUGAAAAAUGUCUUUAUUUAGAUAAACGUAUGAAAGAUUUGAAAUUACCCGUGUUUAUUUCGUUAGAAGACACACUUCAUCAUGCUGUGUCUUUACUUGGCACGGGUGCUUUUAGAACAAGUGGUGAAGUUUACAUCCCACUUUUUAUCUGGAAAACAGAGCAAUUUCAGUCAUGGUAUUUCAAUCUCAAAACAGCAGGAAAUCGUUUGGAGAAAGCAAAGCUACUACAUCAUGUUGAGUCUAGAAACCCUAAACACGUAUUCUCUUAUCUACUGUGGGUUAAAGUAUGGAUUGAAGCAGAAAACCGUUACAAAGAAAAUGAGUUUGUCUUCGCUCGCAAGGAUAUAAGUGCAGUUUUAGCUUAUUAUAGAGAUAGCGACGAGGACAUUAAGAUUGUUAUAGUCAAAGAGUUUCGUAGUUCUGUCAAUAAUGCCGAUGGUUUUGUUUACGAAUUACCCAGUGGCAGCUCGUCUAGCCCAAGCAUGGAUCCACAGUUUACUGCUAAACACGAACUAGAAGAAGAAUGUGGUUUGACGAUUAUGGAUAUGUCCCGUUUCAAGUUUAUUGAACAACGACAAGUUGCCGCUACAUUAUCUUCACAUCGGGCACAGCUCUAUAGUAUUGAACUUACGAAAGACGAAUAUGAAAAUAUUCUCAAGAACGAAAUCAAAAACAAAACAUUCGGAGUACCUGAUGAUAGUGAAAGAACGUAUCUAACGAUGGUCAGCAUUUCACAACUACAACAUAGUCUCCUCGAUUUUUCAAUGCUCGGAAUGAUCUACUGUGCGCUGUUCUUGAAUAAACAAGAUUAA